GGGGGGGGUGCUUCUGGCAGUCAGGUUGCUACAGGUGUCAGAAGCAUUCAACGCAAAGGGGGGAUAGUUACUGCCUCCCUGGCUACUUCAAACAUUGCUGAACGCAAUCCAUUCCUUGCUAUAGCCUCCAUGAUUCUGCUUGUGCCCAGCCAAUCUAACUCCCCACAGCUGUACCGGAACUAUACAUUCCAGAGAAGCGGCACGGAAGCUGUAGCAGAAAAUACCUGACUCGCUGCCUACAAGCGCCCCCUGGCGUUACCCUUUCCUACUGUCACUGUCCCAGAAUUCCCCGCUCCCAGCCGGUCUGUAAUGCCCGUCACUCUCUGUGACUCCGUAUGACACAGUGGAAUUCCCCGCCGCGCCUCCUGUGCUCAGUUGUUAUUAUUCCUCACUCGCUGUUUGUGUUUGUUGCCAAGUGCAGUGAUGUCAUUGGGCUCUGAAUGAGUCAUGUGGGUUAUAUAGCGAUACGCCCCCUGUAGGGUAGGGCAUUGCCUGUUCCUGCUGUUCCUGCGAUCGGACCAGGACAACCUACCCUAAGCACUAUGGAGGGUGAUAGGAACAAAGGAUCAGGUGCAUCACAAGACGUCUCCACCGGUGAUACCAACACAGAAGUAAACCCAGGACCCUCAGGAAACGAAAUGGAUACAUUAAUAAAUUCUUGUGGGGCAGCAGCUGAGUGUGUCCCGUGCCAGUUCUUUCUCACAGGGCGCUGCCGAUUUGGGGAAAGGUGUAGAAACGUGCACCCAGGGUCACUGCUGAGCUUCCAACCAGAAAGUAAACCAAAACCAAAAGGGGAAUCCGAACCAAAGGGAAAGAAGCCGCCAAUGAAGACGGCAGCAGAUGUCAUCUCACGUAUUCAGUGGGACCCAAAGUUACCCAAGGAGGAUUUUCUCAUAGGAUAUUUGGAUAGGUUUCUGGGUAUUAUUGAAAAGCCAUAUUCUGCUUUCUGUUGGGAAGAUCUUGCCUCAGUAGGGCACGAUGUCCUUGCUAUACCCAAGCAUCGCAUUCAGUACUUCAAAUACCGAGAUCUGGUGGUAUGGGACAAAACUUCCCGCACCGACAAUGUUUUUGGCUCAACUGGAAGCGCUCUCACGAUAUUGGAUAUCAUUGAGCGAUAUGAAAUGUUGGCGCCUAAAGAACCCGUAGCGACCGCUCUGGAAGAACCAACUUUAGCUGAUGCAGAUGUAGAAGUGGGAAGCGAAUAUGGUGAACAUAGCAAUGAGGUUGACGAAAGUGAUGGGAAAGUGAGGCCUUCCCAUUUUGUGGCGGUGCGUAUUAGCAGUGAGGAAGUGAGAAGCGCUGUAAAGGAAGUACAAAAUGUGCUGCUGGGAAACAACCCUGACCUAGCGGAGUUUUGUGUCCCGUUGCCAAGUCUUCACCUAACAUUGUGCCUCUUGUAUUUGGAAAGUGCAGAAGAUAUUGAAAGAGCUCUUUUAACACUACAAGAACUAAAGCAUGAAAUGCAACGGACUCUCCCGCCGAGCCUCAUUCUCAGUUUUGAAGGAGUGCGGGACUUCCAUUCGCGAGUGCUUUAUUUAGCGCCUUCGGCUCUCCCGGCCUUAGAGAAAUUUGCUCACAGCCUUCAGAAGAGUUUUCAGAGCAAGGGUCUCAGAGUUAUAGAUCCCCCUCGCUCCAGCCACUUUCAUGUAACUAUAGCAAAGAUACCCAUGAAAGUUCUAAGGAAGCAGCCCAACCUUGCCUUCGUUCCUCAGGUCUAUAGUAACACCCCAGUCACGCAUUUUGGAGCACAACAAGUGGAUAGUCUAAGUUUCUGUUAUGCUGGUAGUGUGAGGCGCACUGAUGGGUUCUAUACAACCCUGUUAGAGUUAAAUCUGUAUUGACUUUAAAGGAAAACUAUACCCCCCAGAAUAAUCAACAGAUGAGCAGCUGAUUAAAGGAGAAGGAAA